UAAAAAAGUUAAUAAAUGCGGAGCUGCUGUAUUUUUUAUUUUUUGUAAAUAAAAAUUUAAUUUCAAACGUUGAUUAUUUUUUGCCCAUUAAAAAAUGUGUUUUUGAAGAAAAAGAGAAAAUUCGAGAAUAAAACAUUUUGGUUAACAUUUGUAAGUUAACUUUUGUUAAAAAGUGAAGUUAUUCCGAUGAGUGUUUAUAAAGACAGGUUUCGUUUCAAUUAUUAGUGGUGAGUCAAUAUCUUCCGGAUCGGAUCGCCAAGAGGAAAGGAUUAUAAUCAGAAUGUGUCAUGUCCAGUUUAAAAUUCUGUGAAGCGAUACUUGUGAGAAAACGAGUGUGUGAAGAGAAUAAUUAACUUGAGGAAAAUAAUCAAAAUUUAAGAGGGAAAUAAAAUAAUUAACGUACUCACGCACCAUGUGGUCCUGAAAUUGAUACAUAGGAUCGAAGAAAGCAUCAUCCCCCACAAAGAGGAGAACGGAUUUUCAAAAAGAAAUUUCGAUAAAAAUGGAUGAAUCAAUGGAUGCAGCUGCCACUUGGCUACCACAAAUCGCCGAAAGUUUAAAUGUCGGUGAAAUAUCAAGGUUCUCAAAGCCUCUGAGGACGUUUGCAGCUAUAGCCUCAAUUUUUAUUAUGUUAGUGGGUCUACUAGGAAAUUUACUAACAAUCAUAGCUCUCAGCACAUUCCCCAAAGUACGUAAUGUCGCAGCUGCAUUUAUCAUAAGUUUAUGUGUGGCAGAUUUUAUUUUCUGCCUCAUUGUCCUGCCAUUCGAUUCGAUUCGAUUUAUCGACGCCAAAUGGGUUGACAUAGGAUUCCUUUGCGUUCUUGUGCCAUUUUUGCGAUAUGGAAAUGUUGGCGUCAGUCUUUUAAUUGUAGGAGCCAUCACAGUCAACAGGUAUAUCAUGAUUUGUCAUCAUAAUAUAUAUCAGAGAGUAUACAAAAAACACUGGAUUGCCUUGAUGAUAUUAUCGUGUUGGUUAUUUUCUUAUGGAAUGCAAAUUCCAACUUUAAUCGGAGUUUGGGGUAAAUUUGCAUACGAUCCCAAUCUCGAAACUUGCUCAAUUAUCAGAGAUGAAAGGGGAUACACGUCUAAAACUUUCCUCUUCAUCACAGGAUUUGUAAUUCCCUGUAUAGUAAUCGUAAAAUGCUAUGCCAAAAUCUUUUGGAUUGUCCACAGUUCCGAGGCAAGAAUGAGAAAACACGCCGCUCCAAAUGUAAAAUCAACGCACAAUGUUGGACGAGAUACUCGAGAUAUUAAGCAGAAACGAAGUGAAUGGCGAAUAACAAAAAUGGUACUGGCCAUUUUUUUGAGCUUCGUGGCUUGUUAUUUGCCCAUUACGAUCGUAAAGGUCGCUGACGCUGAAGUCAGAUAUCCCGGAUUCCACGUGAUGGGCUAUUUGCUAUUGUACUUUGCUUCGUGUGUAAAUCCGAUAAUCUACGUGUGCAUGAACAAGCAAUAUCGACAGGCUUACGUUAAUUUGAUCAGUUGUUCGAGAAUCAGAGCAUUCGGAAGCAGCGCUCCAGGACAGAAUAAUUAUGGCCAAGAUUACUCAAAAGACGUAACGAUGGUAUCGACGGUAUCAAUCGCCAUGAACGCUGUGAAAAAUUCUCAAGAAGAUGAAUUCUGAGAAUUCAAAAAUGGGACCAAAACGAUCGAAAUUUAGGAGUAAAAACUUUAAUUUCUACUGUUUCAUAAAGAAAUUUUUCAUAAUAUUUUCCUAAAGAAAAUGUUUUAUGAAAUUCCCAUUGACACGAAAAGGAUAUUUUUUGAAUCGUCUAUAUAACAUUAGACAAUUCAUCCGUACAAGUACAAUCGUUAUUUAUUAGUCGAGAGCAAGCAUAUUCAGAUAAACGAUCAAUUUCCUUAAAAGAUUGUAAUGUUUGAUAAAUAAUCUAUAUGAGAUCCAAAGACUUUCAAUUACGAAUUCAUUGCUUAUGCAUUGUAAUCUUGUAAGAGACGCAUAAACAUAAUAAUAGAAAAAUAAAAUACGUGAAACGUUAGAAUUUUAAAUAAUAUAGUAAUAUAGAGAUUUUAGAUAUAAAGAAAACGACGUAUU